UGCGCGCGUCUCUCUUUUCCCCCUCCUCGCCUCCAUUCCGGCUCCUACUGCCCCCCUCCCCACCCCGCACACACACACACACACACACACACACACACUCUCUCCAAUCUUGGCCGUUCGCCCGCCUUCGGCGAGAGGAGAAGCAGAAGCCCCUCCCCUACCGGCGUGAGGUUUUGUUCUUUCCCCCUCCGGCCGCGUGCGCGGUGAUCCCACCUCGCAGACUUCCGACCAGUAACCCCUCCUCUCUUCCCCCCCCCCUCCCGCACCCGCGUCCCCGGUCCGGUCUCCCUUCCCUUCUUCUCUGUUCGGUUUCCGGCUAACGGUCUCCCCUCGGAUCUCGGCGGAACUAAGCAGCGCCGGCUCGGCGGAGCCAGGCCUGCGCCAGGGGGGAAAGCGAUGUCAGGUGGAGACUCGGCGGCCGCCGCGGCCUCUCCUCAGCCGUUGCCCUUCUCGCUGCCCAAGCCUCCCCCCCUGAUGCAGCUCAACCCCGGCGAAGGCGUGCGCCCUGUGGGAGCUCCCGGGCCGGAACAGUCGCCGAAAAGCGCCCGUAUGGGAGGCCGGCCGGACUGGCCUGCCGGGAAGCCCGUCAGUCUUCUGGCACCUCUCCUUCCUCCGCGCGGGGAACCCGAACCGCUCCUUCCCUUCGGGCCGUCCUCUCGCCAGCCUCUCCGCGGGAGGCUCCUCGGCAGGGGCGGCGGCGGCGGUAACAGUGCGGGCAGCGGGAGCCUCCUCAACCCUGCGAUGAGGCUGGGCGGCGGCGGGGGAGGAACCGGCGGCGGCGGCAUGGGCCGAGAUGCUGUUAUGAUGGGACAUCCAGGCAUGCCUCACUAUCCACCCAUGGGAAUGCAUCCUAUGGGCCAAAGGCCCCCCAACAUGCCUCCAGUAUCUCAUGGGAUGAUGCCUCAAAUGAUGCCUCCAAUGGGAGGACCACAAAUGGGACAGAUGCCUGGAAUGAUGCAGUCAGUGAUGCCCGGAAUGAUGGCACCUCAUAUGUCUCAUGGCCCCAUGCAGCCAACAGGACCGCCAGGAGUGAACAGCAUGGAUUCGCAAAUUGGUUUAGCUCCCCCUGGGACUCAGCCUACACCUCCAGUUUGUGCGGUGCAACAAGCCACUCCAACCAAUAACUCUACUAAUGAAGAGCCCUCAAAACAGAAAUCUACGUGGUCAGAGCAUAAGUCACCAGAUGGGAGGACAUACUAUUACAAUACUGAGACCAAACAGUCUACCUGGGAGAAGCCAGAUGAUCUUAAAACCCCUGCAGAGCAAUUGUUGUCAAAAUGCCCAUGGAAAGAAUACAAAUCUGAUUCUGGAAAGCCUUAUUACUACAACUCUCAAACAAAGGAAUCCCGUUGGGCAAAACCCAAAGAACUUGAAGAUCUUGAAGCAAUGAUUAAAGCAGAAGAAAGCAGCAAAUCCGAAGAAUCUGCUCCAGUUUCAUCUGCUGCGGUUGCACCAGGAAUUCCAGUUGCUGCUGCCAGUGUUCCUGACAUACCAGUACCUGUACCGUCAGCCCCUGUUGCUCCUGCUGUGGCCUCAGCUCCAGAAUCAGAGCCUUCCGCUGUGGCUCCAAUUAUAGAAAAUGAUGCUGGAAUAGCUCCUUCAACAGAUGAGCAGGUACAGCCAGUGGCUCCUUCUGUUGUACAAGAACAGAGCAUGGAAGUUAUCACAAACUCUGUGGAAGAAACGCCAAAGCAAGAAUCCUUGGAUGUUGUACUCAAAAAGGAAGAAGAGGAAGCCCAACCGGUUAAAAAAACUUAUACUUGGAAUACGAAAGAAGAAGCCAAGCAAGCAUUUAAAGAACUAUUGAAAGAAAAGCGUGUGCCAUCCAAUGCCUUUUGGGAACAAGCCAUGAAAAUGAUCAUUAAUGAUCCAAGAUAUAGCGCUUUGGCAAAAUUAAGUGAGAAGAAGCAAGCCUUUAAUGCUUACAAAGUCCAGACAGAGAAAGAAGAAAAAGAAGAAACAAGAUUAAAAUACAAAGAAGCAAAAGAAUCUUUUCAGCGUUUCCUUGAAAAUCAUGAAAAAAUGACAUCAACAACCAGAUACAAAAAAGCUGAACAAAUGUUUGGAGAGCUGGAAGUCUGGAAUGCAAUUUCUGAACGUGAUCGCCUUGAAAUUUAUGAAGAUGUUCUAUUCUUCCUGUCAAAAAAAGAAAAGGAACAAGCCAAACAGCUAAGGAAGAGGAACUGGGAGGCAUUAAAAAACAUUCUGGACAAUAUGGCUAAUGUCACUUACUCUACUACAUGGUCAGAGGCUCAGCAGUAUCUGAUGGACAAUCCUACAUUCGCAGAAGACGAAGAACUUCAGAAUAUGGAUAAGGAGGAUGCAUUGAUCUGUUUUGAAGAACACAUAAGAGCACUGGAAAAAGAGGAAGAAGAGGAGAAGCAGAAAGGCUUACUCAGAGAAAGGCGACGACAGCGAAAAAACAGAGAAUCUUUUCAGAUAUUUUUGGAUGAGUUGCAUGAACAUGGUCAACUGCACUCAAUGUCAUCCUGGAUGGAGUUAUAUCCAACUAUUAGUUCUGAUAUUAGGUUUACUAAUAUGCUUGGUCAACCUGGUUCAACAGCACUGGAUCUUUUCAAGUUUUAUGUUGAAGAUUUAAAAGCCCGCUACCAUGACGAAAAGAAGAUAAUCAAAGAUAUUUUAAAGGAUAAAGGAUUUGUAGUUGAAGUGACUACUCCUUUUGAAGACUUUGUAACGGUCAUCAGUUCCACUAAAAGAGCUACUACAUUAGAUGCUGGAAAUAUCAAACUGGCUUUCAAUAGUUUGUUAGAAAAAGCAGAAGCCCGUGAACGUGAGAGAGAGAAAGAAGAAGCUCGCAAAAUGAAACGAAAAGAGUCUGCUUUUAAAAGCAUGUUAAAACAAGCAACACCUCCCAUUGAAUUGGAUGCAGUCUGGGAAGAUAUUCGGGAGAGAUUUGUAAAAGAGCCAGCAUUUGAAGACAUCACUUUAGAAUCAGAGAGAAAACGAAUAUUUAAGGAUUUCAUUUAUUUACUGGAGCAUGAAUGUCAGCAUCAUCAUUCAAAGAACAAGAAGCACUCUAAAAAAUCAAAGAAGCAUCAUAGAAAGAGGUCUCGCUCUCGUUCGGGCUCAGAAUCCGAAGAUGACGAUAGCCAUUCAAAGAAAAAGAGGCAACGUUCAGACUCACGCUCAGUUUCUGAACGCUCCUCCAGUGCAGAAUCUGAGAGAAGCUACAAGAAGUCAAAGAAACACAAAAAGAAAAGCAAAAAGAGGAGACACAAGUCUGAUUCCCCGGAAUCGGAUGCAGAUCGAGAAAGAGAGAAAAAAGAGAGAGAAAACGAAAAAGAAAGAAGUAGACAAAGAUCUGAAUCUAAGCAUAAAUCGCCACCUAAGAAGAGACCUAACAAAGAUUCUCACAAUCCUGCAACCAACAGCGUUCGAUUACAAGAAACAUCAGAAGAAGCAGAUCAGAUUCGGGGUAAUUGGGAUACCUCUGGUAGUGAAUUAAGUGAAGGUGAACUUGAAAAACAAAGGAGGACCCUCUUGGAACAACUGGAUGAAGAUCAAUAAGAAAUAUUUAUACCAAAUAUGUUUACAAAUUUGAUUUAAUAAAGAUAUAGAUGACUAAUUUCAGGAAAUGGAUUCCAAUGUUCUGAGUUACAGUGGCAUAAUUGUGGCUCUUCGGUUCCCUUCCAUAACUAAAUAUUUGACACAGGUAGCAGUUUGGCAAAGACGGUGAAUAUUCAGGAUUCAACCUGAAGUCCUAUUUCUUAUCAUCUAGAUAGCCUGUAUAUAUCCCCCCCCCCCCCAUGUACCGUUCCAAUUCUUAAGACAGCACAUUAGGAUGAGCAGAAAAGCUUUUUUAAAAAAAAAAAUCUUUAAAAUAGUGGCUUGGAAAAAUAUUUAAGCCUUUCAGGCCUCUCAUCUCUAAAAUGGCUCACACUCAAAAGUCAUUAAAUUCUUUUCCUUGUCAAAGAAGCUCCAAGCGCAGGUGCACCUGCCCCUCCUGAAAAGAAGCUUGGUUAUUUUCUUGCCGUUCCAAUUGGGUUGGGUGGUUACUCCUUUUCAAAGAGAGGAAAGGAAGAGGGAAGAUGCUUUUUUUCUUGUUUUGAUUUAUGGUAAUCCAGGAACCGGUGUUAGGUUUUUGAGAGUUACCCUUCUGGCCAAAUUGAUGAUGGUGAUUUCUAUUGAACACUGACCGUAGGUUGAAAUGUAUACAAGAGCUUUACUCAGAGCUUAAUUUUUAGUGUUAAGUUUUAAAACUGUGAAAACUAGACGAUUGGUGGAAAUCCUAUUAGGCCCUUAAUUAUAAAUCUGGUAAAAUAUACUUACAAAAUAUCAUAGCUAUCGCUUUUAUUAGAGGAGCAAAAUCUGGAAUAUUUAAAACAAUUGGUAGAGGGCAUUGUUUCAGCAAAUCACAAAAUCAGACUGUAAAUUAAUUGCAAUAUGUUGCCUUAAGGACUUUCCGAAGAAUGUACCACCAAAUUUUGAAAAGCAGUUGCAAUACUCUUGUUUAGAAAAUCAAUGUUGAUGUAAUAUUUUUCUUUUUAAGAUAUGUUGAUCGGAUGUUUAAAACUUGUUUUCCUUUCAUUCUGUUCUCUUCCUUUGUACUAAAUAACUUCUAUCUGACGUUGAUUUGAUGAAGUACUAUCUACCUAUUCAUUCAGGAGUAUUGACUACUGUGGUACAGACUAAAAUCUUUCUGAUUUGAAUAUUUUUGUACAUUUUUAUCACUUAUUAAACCUUGUCUUCUAGUG